AUUUUAUUGACAUCGUGUAAAUAAGUGUGAUGUCUUAUUGAUUAGUGAUUUAUAUAUUUUAGAUCCGCCUAUCUAUAGCCAGCUACAAAGGAAAAUGAAGUUGAUCAUAGUUACCGAUAUCCUGUCAAAACUAUUAAUCCUGUUUCUUAUCAAACCUAACAUUGGUGAUAUUAAAAUCAAUAUAACAACUGCUUCUAGUAAAGAAUACGUGCUGGUUAACUACACUGGAUAUGAUAACAAACUGAUAACAGAUAGAGAAGUUCAACUUUUCAAUAUAACAAAAGACAAUCUUAACAGAGGCUUCAGAAUUGAACUAGGGAAGGCGCCUGAUAACUUCUUUCUCAAAGAUCCUACUGCAUAUGGCGAUCUAUAUCAAAAAUACAAUUGGUCUGAAGUUCAGAGACAUAUGGUCAUCAAACAAGCUACUGUUUUAGAUGUAAUCCAUGAACAAGUUGUAGUUAAAACUGUUGAGGUUUUCAACAACGACACUGAUAAAAUUAAACUCAAAAAAUCAAUGAAUGAAGACGUUGAACUUACAAUAUUUUCGUUCUGGUCCAAAGAUGGCUUUCCGACUGACGAUAUUUCUUAUGACGUAUGCAUUGAUCUUACUAUUAAGAAACCAUCGAAAUGGGAUGAAUAUUGUUUUAAAAACAAAUGGAGAAAUAGUACUUUUGAAAGCAUCAAAGAUACUCUUGGUGUAGACAUUAGGAAAGGAUGGGUCGAUGUUGAACCUGGCCAGACUAUUGUUAGUAAAUUGAUAGCAAAUAAAACGAUAAUUUUCGUUGAAUUUCAAUACUCGGCAAUUCUUAUUGGAAGAGUAAUUGCUGAUUAUGAAAGACUGUAUGGAAAAUAUCACUUUUAUGCUCCAUCUGUAUCAGACAUAAUGAGGGCGGGGUCGAUUCCUAAUGAAAUAAUUACUACAGAGAGAAUCGAAAUAAGAGGUUACACAGACCCAAAAUUGGUGAUGUAUGACAAAGAUACAGGUGAGGAGAUUAAAAUGUAUAGACGUAUAAAAUUAGUUGGAAGUAAAAAGAGAAGAACUUUAGUGUAUCUAGAUGAUUAG